CGCCAUUUUGAGGGGGAGGAGAAAUAGCAGUAGAGGCGGCAGAGGCUCAACGGCAUGGUGACUGGGCUUUGCCUCUCUUUCCGGCGUUGUGGGGCCAGGGCAGAAGAAUCCGCUAGGACCCUUCUCCCUCUUGCCUCUUCGGAAUGAGGCCUCAGCGCCAGCGCGGGACGGCCCCCGUUCUCCCCCGAGAGAGCCCAAGGAGAGGCCGAAGCCGAGACGAUGCCCGGGAAGCUGAAGGUGAAAAUCGUGGCCGGGCGCCAUUUGCCAGUGAUGGACCGCGCCAGUGACCUGACUGAUGCCUUCGUGGAGGUAAAGUUUGGUAAUACCACCUUUAAGACAGAUGUGUACCUCAAGUCACUCAACCCCCAGUGGAAUUCAGAAUGGUUUAAAUUUGAGGUGGAUGAUGAAGACCUACAAGAUGAGCCUCUGCAGAUCACAGUGCUGGACCACGACACAUACAGUGCCAAUGACGCCAUUGGCAAAGUGUACAUCGACAUCGACCCUUUACUGUACAGUGAAGCCGCCACAGUCAUCUCGGGAUGGUUUCCCAUUUACGACACUAUACAUGGUAUCCGUGGGGAAAUCAAUGUAGUUGUCAAAGUAGAUCUCUUCAAUGAUUUAAAUCGGUUUAGACAGUCAUCGUGUGGAGUGAAAUUCUUUUGCACAACAUCUAUUCCAAAGUGCUAUAGAGCUGUGAUAAUUCAUGGAUUUGUAGAAGAACUUGUUGUCAAUGAAGACCCAGAGUAUCAAUGGAUUGAUCGAAUUCGCACACCAAGGGCAUCAAAUGAGGCCAGACAGAGACUCAUUUCUUUAAUGUCAGGUGAAUUACAAAGGAAGAUUGGUUUGAAAGUCCUUGAAAUGAGAGGAAAUGCGGUGGUUGGGUACUUACAGUGUUUUGAUCUGGAGGGCGAGUCUGGGUUAGUGGUGCGAGCCAUAGGAACAGCGUGCACUCUGGAUAAAUUAAGUAGCCCAGCAGCAUUCCUUCCUGCAUGUAAUUCCCCAUCCAAAGAAAUGAAGGAGAUUCCCUUCAAUGAAGAUCCCAAUCCCAAUACUCACUCAUCAGGACCCUCAACCCCUCUGAAAAACCAAACUUAUUCCUUUUCACCUUCCAAGUCCUACAGUCGACAGUCCUCUUCUUCUGACACAGAUUUGAGUUUGACACCCAAAACUGCAUCUUCCCCACAGGGACCUAGGAUUUACCUGUGUCCCAGCUCCCCCUCUCUGUCUUGUGGUUCCCUUCAUCUUAAAAAGUCCUGUCUCCUCCUCUCGGAAUCUAACCUUGCCCCUCAUCAGUCUAGCCUUGUCAGCCCAGUUCUGAGGAAAAGUGUUUCUUUCAGUGAAGAGCUGUUCCUGGCUGCUUCUGGAAUGGGAAGUGGUAGUGCUGGAAAAGAAGGGGGGCCAUUUAAAGCCCUUUUGAGACAGCAGACUCAGUCGGCACUGGAGCAGAGGGAGUUUCCAUUUUUUACCUUAACGGCAUUUCCUGCCGGAUUUCUUGUGCACGUUGGAGGUGUUGUUAGUGCACGUUCGGUGAAGCUUUUGGAUCGUAUCCACAAUCCAGAUGAACCAGAAACUCGAGAUGCGUGGUGGGCAGAGAUAAGACAAGAAAUAAAAUCACAUGCUAAAGCAUUAGGCUGUCAUGCAGUAGUGGGCUACAGUGAAUCAACUAGCAUCUGUGAAGAGGUCUGUAUUUUAUCUGCAUCUGGGACGGCAGCUGUACUGAACCCUCGAUUUCUGCAGGAGGGCACCGUGGAGGGCUGUUUGGAACAAAGGCUUGAAGAAAAUUUGCCUGCUGGCUGUGGAUUUUGCCAUAUACCUUAUGAUGAACUGAAUAUGCCAUUUCCAGCUCAUCUCACAUAUUGCUGUAACUGCAGGAAACAAAAAGUUCCUGAUGUUCUCUUUACAACUAUAGAUCUCCCAACAGAUGCAGUCGUUAUUGGAAAAGGUUGUCUUAUUCAAGCAAGGUUAUGUCGCUUAAAAAAGAAGGCUCAAGCAGAAGCAAAUGCUACAGCUAUCAGUAAUCUCUUGCCAUUUAUGGAGUACGAAGUGCACACUCAGCUAAUGAAUAAACUAAAACUCAAAGGAAUGAACGCCUUGUUUGGGCUAAGAAUUCAGAUCACAGUGGGAGAAAAUAUGUUGAUGGGCUUAGCGUCUGCUACAGGGGUGUACUUGGCAGCUCUGCCCCCACCUGGUGGUAUUCAGAUUGCUGGGAAGACUCCAAAUGAUGGCACCUACGAACAGCACAUCUCUCACAUGCAGAAGAAGAUCAAUGACACGAUUGCCAAGAACAAAGAGUUAUAUGAAAUCAAUCCUCCUGAGCUAUCUGAAGAGAUUAUAGGAUCACCCAUCCCCGAACCUAGACAACGCUCAAGACUUUUACGAUCUCAGUCAGAGAGCUCUGAUGAAGUUACAGAAUUAGAUCUUUCACAUGGGAAAAAAGAUGCUUUUGUUUUGGAGAUUGAUGACACAGAUGCCAUGGAGGAUGUGCACUCUCUGCUGACGGAUGUUCCCCCUCCUUCAGGCUUUUAUAGUUGCAAUACAGAAAUCAUGCCUGGUAUAAAUAAUUGGACAUCUGAAAUACAGAUGUUCACAUCAGUAAGAGUAAUCAGAUUAAGCAGCCUUAACCUGACUAAUCAAGCUCUCAAUAAGAACUUUAAUGAUCUCUGCGAAAAUUUGCUCAAGAGCCUGUAUUUUAAACUUCGGUCUAUGAUCCCCUGCUGUCUUUGCCAUGUAAAUUUUACAGUAUCUCUGCCUGAAGAUGAAUUAAUUCAGGUUACAGUCACAGCAGUUGCCAUAACUUUUGACAAAAAUCAGGCUUUACAGACCACGAAAACACAUGUUGAAAAGUCUUUGCAAAGAGCCUCCACAGAUAAUGAAGAACUUCUACAGUUUCCAUUGGAACUCUGUUCAGAUUCACUUCCUUCUCAUCCUUUUCCACCAUCUAAAGAACACCUGGAGAGUGCAAGUUCUAACUCAGGUAUACCAGCUGCACAGAGAGCAACGUCAGUUGAUUACAGUUCCUUUGCAGACAGAUGCAGCAGCUGGAUAGAGCUCAUUAAACUGAAAGCUCAGACCAUAAGGCGCGGAUCAAUUAAGACAACUGUGACGGUUGAAAAAGCAAGUCCAAUGGGAGAAGGAAAUUUCCGGAAUCGUUCUGCUCCACCUUGUGCUAACUCCACAGUUGGGGUUGUUAAGAUGACACCGCUUUCUUUCAUUCCUGGAGCAAAAAUAACUAAGUAUCUUGGGAUAAUUAACAUGUUUUUUAUUCGGGAAACCACUUCUCUUCGUGAGGAAGGAGGAGUCAGUGGAUUUCUCCAUGCCUUUAUUGCGGAGGUGUUUGCAAUGGUGAGAGCUCACGUCGCAGCCUUAGGAGGCAAUGCUGUUGUGUCCUACAUAAUGAAGCAGUGUGUUUUCAUGGAGAAUCCAAAUAAAAACCAGGCACAGUGUCUCAUAAAUGUAAGUGGUGAUGCAGUGGUUUUUGUUCGUGAAUCUGACUUAGAAGUGGUACCAUCUCAGCAACCCACUGCCAACUGCCAGCCAUUAUGUACUGGAGGAGAAGUUACAACCUGAAGAGAAUUAGAAAGAGAGCUCAGCUGAAUGAAAUUCAUCUGUCUCCAUUGCUUUGUCGUUCGUUAGCUUUAUAGAAUUUUUUAAAUUGAAUUUAAUUUGAGGUAAAUAAGAAAGAAGGGAUACUUAUUGAAUAGAUGUGAUUUGUCUGGAAUCUCUUGGAGGCAUGAGAAUUUCCUAAUCCUGACUUUUCCUUUUUGCCUAGUUCAGACAGGCCCAUGGAAUCCUGACCUUUCCUUAAGUUAAGAUAGAGUUACAAGAGAACUGUAGCAAAGAUGUUGUAAGUUAUGGGUAAUUUAUUCUGAUUUUAAUAAAACCAUAAUUUAAAAGCUAAAAUGGAAAGAUUAUCAGGAAAAAAGAGUGAUCCUAGUAUAUUUUGGAAAAACUAAGAAAUUCAAAAGUUGCUGAUGAAGAAAUGGUCUGUUCAGAAAUGUGUGGGAACAGCAGAAAAAAGUUUUCGGAAAACCACCAUGUGAGUUUCCUAUGUGUUUUAUUUUGAUGAGGAAUUUGCUAACAACUGAAAAAGGAAAGUGCUUAAAUCAUUUUUUAAAAAGAAGCUAAAAUUCUACAGCUUACAUCCCUAAGGUUCUCAGUAAUUUAUCGGAGUUGGUGUCUUUUCAUUCAAAGUUAUAAUAAUCUCCGUAAAGAAAGAGGAAGAAAUAGAAUGUCGUACUGGUGACACUUGAGUUGAUAUUUAAUCUGUCUAGAAGAGGCUAGGCUUAAACUGGGAAGAAAAUAUCAGUGAGUUUUCUUGAAGUAGUAAAAAUACAGUAGGACCAUAAAAUUAUUUUCUAAUAAAAUUGUAUUAAACUCCUCCCUAAUUGAACAGAAUUUUACUAAGACCUUAGAGUUUUUCAGUGGUUAGAUUGUAUUUGGCAUAGGAUUUGGAAACGUAACUUGAAUGUAAAUAUGCUGCAAGUGUUGAAUGUACACAUAGAAAUACUUUCUCUGUCAAUGCCAAAUGCCUGUUGUAAAUGAACUUUAAAUAUUACAUUCCUCCUUUGCACAAUAAAAUUUCUUUAUAAAACUCA